GGCCACCGCCGCCGCUAGUCGGGGAGACGCGGGCUUGGGGGGCCCGGCGCGCGCGCACGGGGCCGGCUGGAGGCGGCGGCGCCCCCUCCUCCUCCAGCUCCUGCUCGGGCGCUGCGGGCUCCUCGGACAUGGCCGCGGCGGUGGCGGUGGCAGCCGCAUCCCGGCGCCAGUCGUGCUACCUGUGUGACCUGCCUCGUAUGCCCUGGGCCAUGAUCUGGGACUUCACGGAGCCCGUGUGCCGCGGCUGCGUCAACUACGAGGGCGCUGACCGCGUGGAGUUCGUCAUCGAGACGGCGCGCCAGCUCAAGCGGGCGCACGGCUGCUUCCCCGAGGGCCGUUCCCCGCCCGGAGCCUCGUCGGCGCCCGCCGCCGCCAAGCCUCCGCCGCUGUCGGGGCUCCCGCAGCCGCCCACGCCGCAGCCCGCCCCGGUGAACGGCAUCUUGGUGCCCAACGGCUUCUCCAAGUUGGAGGAGCCGCCAGAGUUGAACCGCCAGAGCCCGAACCCGCGGCGCGCCCAUGCCGUGCCGCCCACCCUGGUGCCGCUCAUGAACGGCUCUGCUGCCCCGCUGCCCGCCGCGCUCGGGCUGAGCAGCCGCGCCGCCGCCUCGUUGGCCGCAGUGAGCGGGGCCUCGGGCCUGGGCGCGCAGCCCGCCGAGCUGAGCGCGCACAAGCGGCCUGCGUCUGUGUCCAGCAGCGCGGCGGUGGACCACGAGCCCCGCGAGGCGGCGACCAAGGAGAAACAGCCGCCGCCGCCGGCGCACCGUAGCCCGGCGGACAGCCUAUCCAGCGCGAGUGGAGGCGGAGAGCUGAGCGCCGAGGGCGCGGGCAAAGGCCGCGGACCCGGAGACCAGGACUGGGCGAACAGGCCCAAGACGGUGCGCGACACGCUGCUGGCGCUGCACCAACACGGCCACUCGGGGCCCUUCGAGAGCAAGUUCAAGAAGGAGCCGGCCCUGACUGCAGGCAGGUUGUUGGGUUUCGAGGCCAACGGGGCCAACGGGUCUAAAGCAGUUGCAAGAACAGCAAGGAAAAGGAAACCUUCCCCAGAACCGGAAGGGGAAGUCGGGCCUCCUAAGAUGAAUGGUGAGGCCCAGCCGUGGCUGUCCACUUCCACAGAAGGGCUCAAGAUCCCCAUCACCCCCACAUCCUCUUUUGUGUCCCCACCACCCCCUACUGCCUCUCCUCAUUCCAACCGGACCACACCGCCUGAAGCGGCUCAGAACGGCCAGUCCCCCAUGGCAGCCCUGAUCCUAGUAGCAGACAAUGCCGGGGGCAGUCAUGCCUCGAAAGAUGCCAGCCAGGUUCACUCCACCACCCGGAGGAAUAGCAGCAGUCCACCCUCUCCGUCCUCUAUGAACCAAAGAAGGCUUGGCCCCAGAGAGGUGGGGGGCCAGGGCACCGGCAGCACAGGAGGACUGGAGUCGGUGCACCCUGCCAGCCUCCCAGACUCCUCUCUGGCAGCCAGUGCCCCCCUGUGCUGCACCCUGUGCCACGAGAGGCUCGAGGACACCCACUUUGUGCAGUGCCCUUCGGUGCCUUCGCACAAAUUCUGCUUUCCUUGCUCCAGACAAAGCAUCAAACAGCAGGGGGCUAGCGGAGAGGUCUACUGUCCCAGCGGGGAGAAGUGCCCUCUGGUGGGCUCCAAUGUUCCCUGGGCCUUCAUGCAAGGAGAGAUCGCCACCAUCCUCGCGGGCGACGUGAAAGUGAAGAAGGAGAGAGACUCGUGACUUUCCUCUUGAGAAAAGCUCAUGCUUACUCUUAACCAAAACUGCUUGGACUGUAUGUAAAUCAUAUAUAUAAAUAUAUAUAUAUAUAUCCAAGACAAGGGAAACGUAGACUUCAUAAACAUGGCUGUAUAAUUUUGAUUUUUUUUGAAUACAUAGUGUUUCUAUAUUUUUUGACGACAAAAGGUAUGUACUUAUAAAGGCAUUUUCUUCUUUUGUUAACGUUAUUAGCCUGUCUUUGCUUUACUAUCCUGGUUACAGUUACCGGUCUAUGUAGGCUGUGACUUGGCUGCUUUUUUUAGAGCACUUGGUAGACAAAUGCCUCUAGCUGUAUUUGUAUGCACUUAUUUUAAAAAGAAAAAAAAGCCAAAUACAUUUUCUGCCGUUGUAAGAUUGCCUUACUGACAUUCCUCAUUGCCAGCCCCCUGGGCUGGAGGCCAGUUGGUAGAGAAGGAAAGGCGUGAAGGGGGCACUGUUGUCAAGAGGGCGUGCCAUGCUGCUGGGAAGUGUCACCUGACGUGCCCAAGCAGGCCCUCCCAGAGGAAAGUAGGGUUUGAAUCUAUUUUGUUUUUAUGGUUCAGUUCUUGCAAUAGUGAUAGUCUGAGAGGCGCUGCUGAAGGGUUUGCAGGAUUGGGUUCUGGGGGAGUUUUUGUUUGUUUUAAAUUUAAGGCAAAGUUGCCACUGUUACUCUGCCCACAUGACCAGUUGUAAGAUUGCAAGUUGCAUGCCCUUUGGUGGAAGCGGUUGUAAGGGGUGGUGUGCAAAUAAGAUGGCACCGCCGGACGUCCUCCAGCAGAGCCUGGCUCUGCAGCGCCAUUCAGCCUUUCGAACACUAGAGCUCUGUCGCUGUCAUUGCAGGCCAGGUGAACUUGGAGACUGGGAUCGGUUUCUUUUCUGUGUUCUGGGUUUUCUCCCGUUUUGUUGUUGUCUUUUCCCUGUCACCUUGCAGCCCUUGACUGUGGCUGCCCAACGCUCCUGUCAUGGCCGGUGCUCCAUACAGUAUGGUACAUUGACAGGACCAGCCCUGGGUGCUGCCAGGAUGCCCUGUGGGCAUAUCAGUGACACCCUGUGUGGGUAGAGGAAGCCUGCAGUUUCCUUCUUACAGGUGUUUGAAAUACCAAGUGAAUAAUACUGUUCUGGAAAUAAAGGCUUUACAUAAUAGGCAAGCCCCACCUCUCAAACUAUUUUUAGAAGCUUUUUGUAAACUAAUUUUCUUGAUCACUAUUUUACAUUGGUGAAGUGAUUCUUUUUUUUAAUUAAAACCAAUAAAUCAUCAGUUAUUAGAA